AUGUCGUCAAUUAAAAUAAAUAAGGAUGAAAGUAAAAGAGUUCAUAUAUGGAUUAAAAGUGCUAUCGGAACACCUAAUAGGAGACAAUUUAAGCAUAAAAAUAUUAUGUACCCUUAUUUUCGUAUGUAUAAAUCCCCAUAUAGAGCUAGAGAUUCGAGAACAAGGCAAGCAUUUUGGCCAUCUGUUGACAAAUACCCGUGGCAUACUCAUCAAAAAAGAUGGGUUAAAAUGGAACAAUUAAAUAUUAAAUUCUUUUCUGAAUUUACAAAUAGAUCCCCAAAUAAAAAAAACUUAUUUGAAACAUGCCACACACUACCAUUUAAUGGAAUAAAUUGUUUAUUUUGGAAUCCUAUUUACAUUAAUAGUCAUAAAUUUUUUAUGAAAAAAAGUAAAAAGAGUGAUGAAAAUGAAGAGGAAAAAGAAAAUACAGAACACAGUGGACUACAAAAAGAAGAAAAAAAUGAUGAUGAAAUAAAUAGUACUAGUGAAAAUAAAGAUUAUAAAAUUGAAAAUAAAAGUUUAGUAAAUAAUCGUGAUAAAAAUGAGAAAAUUAUAAGAAUAAAUAACUUUUAUUAUAUUGUAGAUAAUGAAGUCAAAAAUAAUAUUUAUUUUUAUCUGAAAUAUAUCAAAUAUACUAUGAGGCCUUUUAGAGGAAAAGUAAUUGGUGAUCUCUAUUUAAAUGAGAAAAAAAUUAGAAAUAAUAUUUCAACAAAAGGUAUAAUAAACGGAGAAUGGAAAUAUUCAUUUCCUCAUAUUAAAAUAAAUCAAAAAUUAGCUAACAUUACAUUAAGUGGUAAUUUGAUAAACGAAGAAUUAGAGAAAAAUAUUAUCGAAAAUUUGGUGAUAGUAGAUAAAUAUACAUAUAGACCUCCAUUACCUAAAUGUUUUAGUGCAUCAUAA